CAUUUAUUCCAGAAGGACCAUAACAUCCUUCCCGAAAGUUGACGUGGAGGGUUUGUUUCUGUUUACAAUGGCUGAUAUUAAGGUAGACAGUUCAACUGAUAGCUCCACUGUUAUACAGAAUCCAAAUGCGCCUUCUCAGCCCAAUAAUCCUCUAUCAAGAAAGCUCAACAAAAUAUUGGAGACGAGGCUUGACAAUGACAAGGAGAUGCUGGAGGCGCUGACGGCGCUGUCGGUGUUCUUCACUGAGAACAGCUUGCGCACCAGGAGAAAUCUUCGAGGUGAUAUAGAGAGACGAAGCCUGACAAUCAACGAGGAGUUUGCGCGAAUAUUUAAGGAAGUAAAGGAGGAGCUUGAAGGCGUUCAUGAGGAUGUGCAGGCCAUGACUACAUGUUGUGAAGAAAUGACCAGUAGAUUAAAGGCUGCCAAGGAGCAAACUCAAGACUUGAUAGUAAAAACCAACAAGCUUCAGGGAGAGAAUCACCGCCUGGAGGUUCGGGCCCAGGUUGCCCAGGCUUUCCUUGCCAAGUUUCAGCUAUCUAACGAGGAGAUGGCCACACUGCGAGGGGCUCGGGAUGCACCCAUUACUGAGGAUUUCUUCAAAGCUCUCAGCCGGGUGAAGCACAUCCACGAGGAUGUGAAAAUCCUCUUGCGAACCAACCAGCAAACCGCAGGGCUAGAGAUCAUGGAGCAGAUGGCCGUGUUACAGGAGACAUCAUAUGAGCAGCUCUACCGCUGGGCUCAGAAUGAAUGCAGGGGACUGACCCAGGAGACCUGUGAUAUCAGCCCUGUGUUGACUCAAGCCAUGGAGGCCUUACAGGACCGACCUGUCCUUUACAAGUACACUCUGGAUGAGUUCGGGACUGCGCGCAGGUGUGCGGUGGUACGAGGCUUCAUCGAUGCCCUCACACGGGGCGGGCCAGGAGGAACUCCCCGUCCCAUAGAGAUGCAUUCACAUGACCCUAUGAGGUAUAUUGGGGACAUGCUGGCCUGGUUGCACCAAGCCACCGCCUCAGAGAAAGAGCAUCUAGAAGCUCUGCUGAAACAAGUCACUCUGCAAGGUGUGGAGGAGAACAUGCAGGAGGUCGUUGGACACAUCACUGAGGGAGUCUGCAGGCCGCUUAAAGUUCGGAUCGAACAGGUCAUCGUGGCUGAGCCAGGUGCCGUCCUGCUUUACAAGCUGUCCAACCUGCUGAAGUUCUACCAUCACACCAUCAGCUCUAUCACUGGGACCAGUGUGGCCUCCUUGCUCAUGACUAUUGAGGAAAUGCACAUCCUCAGUAAAAAGAUGUUCUUCAACAGCCUGAGCCUUCAUGCAAGCAGACUCAUGGACAAGGUGGAGCUGCCACCUGCAGACCUGGGACCCACAGCUUCCCUCACUCAGACCCUGUCCCUCCUCAGGGAGGUCCUGGCCUCCCACGACUCCUCAGUGGUUCCCCUGGAUGCCCGCCAGGCUGACUUUGCUCAAGUGCUUUCUUGCAUCUUGGAUCCCCUCCUGCAGUUGUGCACUGUGUCAGCCAGUAACCUCGGCACCGCUGACAUGGCUACCUACAUGGUCAACUCACUGUAUGUGAUGAAGACUACGCUGGCUCUCUUUGAGUUCACUGACAAGAGGCUUGAGAUGCUCGAGUUCCAGAUCGAGGCUCACCUUGACACUCUGAUCAACGAGCAGGCAUCCUACGUGCUGACCAGAGCCGGACUCAGUUAUAUCUACAGUUGUGUCCAGCAGCACAGCGCUGAACAGGGUCCUCUGUCCCUCCUCCCAAGCAUGGACAGCUCAUCUGUGAAGGCAGCGAUGGUCCAGUUUGAUAGAUACUUGUCGUCGCCUGACACUCUCGUGAUGCCACAGCUCAACUUCCUGCUCAGCGCAGCCAUCAAGGAGCAGAUUUUCCGCCAGUCGACAGAGCUGGUGUGCAGAGCCUACAGGGAGGUUCACACAGCACUGACCAGCCCAGCUAACAGCUACAAAGACCCAGAGAACCUGUUGCCCAGAUCACCUCAGCAGGUCCAGAGCUUGCUCUCCUGAAAGACACUUUUGUCCCACAUGGUUGAUCUCCAAAAAAAAAAAAAAAGGGGGGGGGGGGGGGGUCAAGCACCAGCGCUGGACAGCCUGCAGGUUAUUUAAAGAGCUGUGUAAUUUGUACAGUAUAAUAACAUAAAUGUAUAUAAAAGUGGUUGUUAAGGUGGGGUUCUGUGUGGGAAAUGAGGGAUGUGGGUCGCUGACCUCAGAGAGAGACAUGUCUGUAUAUAGAGCCUCCUGUGAGCCAUGAGGAAAGAACAUUUAUAUGUAUAUGAUCCAUUUACUUUGACUGCUACAUGUUUUUUCUCUGCGUAAAGCACUAUGUCUCCUUCUUACUGUUUGAUUUCACACCAUGUACCCUGUUUGAGGAUCAUAAUUGUACAAAACAGCUACUUUUUUUUAUUGAGAAUAUUGAACAUUAUAUAAAACAAAAGGAUACACUGAAUUAAAAAGGGGUUGUCUGAUUUUUUCCACACUUAAAAGUGGUCAGGAAAAUUUCAGCCACAAUGCCAAGAAAAACCCAAGAAGCUU